UAUUUUUUUUUUCUUUAUCCUUUUUAUCUCUAUCUGUAAUAGCUAUUACAAAGUCUUGUUAACUAGCCGCAGAAUAACAAAAACUUGUAUACUGGCUUUACCAACAAUGGAAGCAUUUAGCUUACUCAAGUACUGGCGUGGUGGUGGUGCAGUUUUCAAAUGUGACGGCCCUACUAACCUACGCGCUGCAGACUCCUCUUCCUCUUCUUCCGCCGCCACCACCACCAUAGUCACCGCGGUCAGUCCUUUCUCCUCAGACUCCGACUCUGACGGCGGCGACGAUGGUCCCUUCUUUGACUUGGAAUUCACUCUUCCAGAAGAAGAUGACGACAGUGACUCCGAGGAACAAAUGAAGGACCACAGAGAUUUGGUCCCGAAUGUUGAUGAACAAGUAGAAAAUGUGAGUGAAAAGGUAAAGAGUGAUGGAGGAGAAGUAGAAAAUGACGAAGAAGAAGAAGAAGAAGAAGAAGAAGAAGAAGAAGGAGAGGAGAUAAAAUUCACGCUUUCCUCCAGCUCCAGCGGCGACUCUAACGAUCCAAAUGUCUCGCUUUCUCCUUCCGAUGACUUGUUCUUCAAAGGCCGUCUCGUUCCCAUAGAUUCUUCCUCCAUGAUUCUCAACGCCGCCGAAGCUCUCCCAAAAUUUCAUCCAGUUUCCUCCAUUUUAAAAUCCGCUACCAAAUUUCGCGUCCAGAUGUUGAACUUCAACAAAUCCAAGUCCAAUUCCCGCGAAAACCACAAAAAAUCCGAACCCCAGGAGAAACCGGAGAAUCAAGAAAGAAAGCAACAGACUAGUAAACUCUUCACUGUCAAGUUGAAGGUUGAAGAAGUUCCUCUGGUUUCUCUGUUCACCAGAGAUAAUAGUUCCAAGGGAACAAACAGCAAGUCAAUUAAGCGGAAUGCUAGUAACGACGGCGUCGUUGAGAAUACCACUGAUUCGAAUGGCCCUACAGAUGAGAGGAAGUUUUCCAAAGAUGUCAUGCAAAAGUAUCUGAAGAAAGUUAAGCCGCUCUAUGUUCGCGUUUCAAAAAGGUAUGGAGAUAAGCUGAGAUUUUCCGGGCAGUUGAGCUUUCCAAAGCCCGGAGCUGGUCCACCUCCGACGACGGCGGAGGUGAAGUCUCCGACGGAGAAACCCACUGCCAUGAAAGGGAAUGGCGGUGGUGAGGGGGGCGAGGUGGCGUGUGAAGUCGCGGGAGGGAGUAAUGUAGUGAAGAGCACUCAGAAGCAGGGGAAUUUACAGGCUGGGCUCCGCGUUGUCUGUAAGCAUUUGGGCAAAAGUCGGUCGGCGUCGUCGUCGGUGGUGACGGCUCCGGCGGCGCCUGUAGCCUCGAAUCGACGGGAUGAUUCCCUGUUGCAGCAACAGGAUGGGAUCCAAAGUGCCAUCCUGCAUUGCAAAAGAUCUUUCAAUGCUUCUAGAGAAUUGGAGGCUUCGAUUCUAUCACGUUCAGUAAGCGAUCCGUCACAUGAGAAAUCGGUGAGUUAGUAGUGAAUCAACAGAUUCUUGAUCCCUUCUGUCCCUGUUCAGAGAGAAAGACAGAGAGAUAGCCAGAGGGACAUGCAAUUGUAAGGAGACUCACCCCGUGAUGGUUUACUUAUUAGUAAAUUCGUAGAUUUAUUUACAAUUAAUUGCUGUACUUGAGUAGGUUGUUUGUAAGUGCUUGAUGGAGUAGUAGUAGCCGUAGAUAAAUAUUAAUUUAUGUAAAGUGGUAUCAAAACUUAUUAAUUAAUGAAGUGAAAAGU